AUGGCGGCUGAACUCCGAUUUAAUUGCAUGAACAACAUGGCUGAAUACGAAGCUUGUAUUCUUGGUUUGAAAAUUGCCAUCGACAUGAAUGUCCAUGAUCUAUUGGUUUUCGGUGACUCAGAUUUGUUGAUUCAUCAGGUUCAAGGAGAAUGGGCCGUGAACAACCCGAAGAUUAUACCUUACAUACAGUAUGUACAGAAGUUGUGCAAAAGAUUUCGCAUGAGUGAGUUCAUACCUACUCCUAGAAUACAAAAUGAGUUAGCUGAUGCCCUUUCCACCAUCGCUUCGAUGAUUAAGCAUCCAGAUACUGAUUAUAUUGAUCCUCUGGACAUAGAGCUGAAAGAACAUCCGAUACAUUGUUCAGAUGUUGAGGCGGAACCAGAUGGUUUGCCAUAG